AUGUAUGUGAAAUGGUUUGAUACAGUAAUGUUUUACUACGUUAUUUUAGUGAAUGUCACUUUUUGUCACUUUCAAAUUUCCCACCGGUUCCGGCCCCCGUACGUCCCGACUUCGCAGGGGACGGAACCCAGAACACAGAGGCCAGAGGACAUUACAGGGGACACUGCAGGAGGGACAUCGCAGGAGCGCAGGACAAGGUAAGAGAAGAACAGAUCCCAGAGCAGCGCUGCAUUGUAAGCCUGAGUGUAGCUCGGGGUUACCGCUUGUGCUACACUCGGGAAUACCGCCAGGGAGGUUA